AUGUGUGUGAAGAAAGAAGGAGGCGACGGGAAGAGAGGAAACGAGAAGAAUCAGGUGAACGACAAGGGUGUGAAGAGAACGGGAAGGGACGUAGAAAGCCGCCAUGCACCGUCUGUUCCCCAUCUCGAAAAGCUCGUCGACAUGGCCAUGGUCUACAGCAGCUGUUUGCCGCCCUGCGAUUCCUCUCAAGGUGGCGACGGCGAAAGAGUCAAACGCAACGCUGGUGCCAAACGCAAACAGGGACAAGGUGAAUCUCAGGACCGGCUGAAGGCUCUCCACGACAGCCACCCUUUGCAGUGCGUCUGGUAUCUUGAGUCGUCCCCUGCAACGAAUAUCACUCUGCCGUCUGAAAGUGGAAGUCUGAAAUCUCCCUCUUCUCCAUCCAAGCGUGCCUCUCCCGACAGAGUUAUGGAAGUCUCUGCUUCACUUUGCAAGGAGGAACAGAAAAGAAGAGAAGGCCCUCGAGAAGGGCAGUGGUGUUGCUCCUGGUCCUUUCCUAGGGGACGCCCAACAGGGACUAAAUUCUCUGUCAAACUCUUCGGAUAUGAAGAAGCAAAGCGGCUUGCCCUGUAUACAGCCCUCUAUGCGUACUCUCCCGAAGAGAGGUGUGACGUUCUACAGGAGCUGAUCGACGAGGUGCUUGCGACAGCUUCGUCGGCGUCGCUCUCGGCUUCUCAUCUCCCCAAUCCGGAACGUUUUCCUGCCAUUCUCGAGUUGCAGCCCCAACCGCUUUCUCUCUCUUCGUCGCUCUCGCCUUCACUCUGCGUCCGACUGGAUGCAUGCGCUUUUCCGUCGCCAGUGCUUUCGGGAUCACCACUCUGUUCGUCGCCUGGACUGUCUUCUCGAGGACGUAAUGGAAGCAAGGCUGCUCGGGAGACGCUGUCCAUUGAUCGGGGCAUUCGUCUUUCUUCUCAGUCCUCUGCCUCCAGCAACGCCAUGCCCUCGCAGUUCCCGCAGCGGUGGCAAGCCACAGAAGUUCGAAUGUCUUUGCUUUGUCGGUCUUCUUUUCGAGCCUCGAGGCGGCGGGAAGGAGGGAACCACGGCGAGGCCGAAGCAGAGGCAAAGCGAGCCGGACAGACACGCGAGAAGACGGGCAGACGAGACAAAGGAAAUCACCCUCACGAUUUGUCUGUCAACAACAGGAAGGAGCCGAACAAACUGGAGAAAAGCCACUCUUCCUGUUCUCCAAGACGUUCUCUUUUUUCAUCUAUUCAAGUGCAGCAGGAUGAGCGAAGUGGCGGACGGUUAUUGCAUGGUUUCCGAGGCGACAUGGAGGAAGGGAAGAGAGCAAGCCGAGCAAACAAGCAUGUCGAGGCAAAGAAAGGUGAAGUGACAGGCCGCAGAAAAGGUGUGUGCGGAGGAGCGCUCUUCGGGUGUUUCCCCGCCAGACGGGGACGAGAGCGAGGCGAAGACGAGGGAGAGAGAGAAAAAGCAGGACAGGUGAAUGCGCAACACUGA